CCUGUGGGGAGACUCCUGCUUCCACUGCUCCUGAUUCUCCUCCUGCUUCCUGUACCCACUGCUUCCCGAGACUCAGAGAGACGUCUGGGACAGAGACGGAGACCAUGGCUUUCCACAACCUCUGUCUGCAGAUUCUACUGCUAACGGCCUUCCUCUCCUACUGCGCUCACUCAGAUGGCGCAGGGGAGAACAAGCUCCACAGACUACUGAAGAAAAGAGAUGCGGGUGGAGGUACGAAGCCUGCGGGGGUGGCGGUGGCCCCCUCCAAGGCCAAAGAGUUCCUGACCUCCCUACGGAGGCCCAAGAGGAACAUCUGGGACCGCAGCAGGCCAGAUGUGCAGCAAUGGAUCAUGCAGUUCAUGCACAUGGGGUAUGACGAGGCGAGGCUUGAGACUGACCUGUCCUACUGGAUGGACCUGGCCCGGUCGUCAGACCAAGGUCGCCAGCACCAUUAUGACGAGAGCGCCCCCAUCGGGCCCCAGGACCCCGGUUGAACUGUCCCAAUCACAUGAAUGCUUCCCUCUUCUGCGACUUAUCCCUCUGAUGCUAUUCUGCACACCUACAGUAAUGUAGCCUUCUCUGUAAUGCAAGAAAUGGAGCUUAGACAUGCCUGUCCCUGACUAUGGAUUGGGUUUCACUGUCUCUACAUUGUAUCCUUUGCUGUCUGGGAGAUUGAGACCUGCUGAUGUACAUGCUGUGAUGGGACCCACAAUGCAUUGGGUU